AAAGCCGGCGGGGUUUGCAUUGCUGCAAGCGGUCGGAGCGCUUGCAAACUCCGCUCCUCUCCAGCGCUGGCUGGAAUGAGGUGGCUGCUCGCGGGGAAAAGGGGGAUUUCGGGUUCUUUGGGGGUCACCCUUGGGGCAUGGAGAAGCGGUCCCGGGGGGCGGCGGCGGAGGGGACGGCCGGAUCCUGGCUCGUUUCUCGGGCAAAGCGCGAGCGGAGUUUGGCUGGGUUGCUGCUGGAGAUCUAGCCGGGGGGUUGGCCGAGCCUGGAGCCUUGGGAGCUGCAGCGCCCGUCCGAAGUGUCUUGCAAUGGCUGAGCAACCGGGAAGUCUGGAAAACAGCCUGGCUAAGAGGCCGAGGGACGGGGAUGGGAGGGAGGAGAAGGAGGCCGGGAAGCAGGAGGAGAACGGACACGAUGCCAAAAGGCUCAAGGACGGGGAGGAAGAGGUCAAGGACGAGACGAAGAAGUUCCCGAAGAAGAAAGUUGCGCUGCUGCUGGUGUAUUGUGGGAAAGGCUACCAUGGAAUGCAGCGCAAUGUGAAAACUUCCCAGUAUAGGACAAUUGAAGAUGACCUAGUAUCAGCCCUCAUAAAAUCCGGAUGUAUUCCGGAAAACCACGGAGAGGACAUGAAGAAAAUGUCGUUUCAGAGAUGUGCUAGGACUGAUAAGGGUGUGUCUGCGGCCGGACAGAUUGUUUCCUUGAAGGUCUGGCUGAUCGAAGAUAUUUUACAGAAGAUUAACGAACAUCUUCCUUCUCACAUCAGAAUUUUAGGGCUGAAAAGAGUGACCGGGAAAUUCAAUUCCAAGAACAGAUGUGAUGCCCGGACCUAUUCAUACAUGCUGCCAACGUUCGCUUUUGCCCACAAGGAUGAUACAGCUCAGGACGACACCUACCGCUUGAGUGCCCAGACUUUGGAGGCCGUCAACGACCUCCUGGCUUGUUACAAAGGCACUCACAACUUCCAUAACUUCACCUCCCAGAAGGGCCCCAAGGAUCCCAGCGCCAAACGUUACAUCAUGGAGAUGUUUUGCGAAGAGCCCUUCGUGAGGGACGGCUUGGAGUUUGCGGUGGUCAAAGUGAAAGGACAGAGUUUCAUGAUGCACCAGAUCCGGAAAAUGAUCGGCUUGGUGAUCGCGAUCGUCAAGGGCCACGCCGCCAAAUCCAUCAUGGAACAGAGCUGGGGCGAGGAGAAAGUGGACAUUCCCAAAGCUCCCGGGCUGGGUCUGAUUUUGGAACGGGUUCACUUUGAGAGCUACAAUCAACGCUUUGGGGACGACGGUCUCCACGAAGCCCUGGAAUGGGCAGAAGAGGAGGAGAAGAUCACGGCUUUCAAAGAGCAGCACAUCUAUCCCACCAUUAUCAAUACGGAGAAGGAAGAAAGGUCCAUGAUGAACUGGCUGGAGACGCUCUUCAACCAUCAGUUUGAUUCCACCAUCUCAAGGCUGCAGGAAGAUCCCAGAGAUGCCAAGUCUGAUCCUGAAGGCAGCGACGGAUGUGAGGACAAUUCUGAUUGAGGAUUUCGGGCACACUUUGAUACCCUGGAUUCAGGUCCCUUUGGCCAGAAAAUCAAGCUUUUCUCAAUGAUGGAUAUUCCUUAGUCUUGAGCAGAGACGAAGAAAGACAGAAAUGAUGUUUUCCGUCCUUCUCUGCAGCACUGGAAAGGGGGACAUGAUGCUAGCUAGAACAAACACUGCUUUAAUUAUGCUCGAUAAAAAAAUGAUUUUUAAAAACGUGUCAGAGAAAAAUAAUUAUCGGACUCUUACAGAAAAGUGCAAGCUGUUAAGAAUGCUGUUCUCUUCUGGUUUUUCCAAACAGCCAAAAUUAAUUGUUCUUUCGGAAAGCUUUCUGUGAUUAUCGGCUCAGCCAAGUAAUAUGGUUUUUGGAAACGGUCUCUUCCUUUUAUAAAAACAAUAUAUUUUAA